UUUUUUUGAUUCUUUUGAUUCUUUUGUGGAUUUUGUCUAUGUAAAGAAAAAACAAUGCCUCUUGCUAGAGAUUUACUUCAUCCAAGUCCCGAUGAAGAACGACGUCGUUGUAAACUUAAACGUUUGGUACAACAUCCAAAUAGUUAUUUUAUGGAUGUUAAAUGUCCUGGUUGUUUAAAGAUAACUACAUUGUUUAGCCAUGCACAAACGGUUAUACCAUGUAAAGGAUGUUCAACAAUACUUUGUACACCUACUGGUGGUAAAGCACGACUAAGGGAUGGUUGUAGUUUUCGUAAAAAACAACAUUAAAAAAAAUGAAAUGUUUUUUAUUUUUUUUCUCUCGUACGAAUAAUGAUGAUUUUUUUGGUCUUGUUUUCGGUGAAAAAAAAACAACGAUAAAUG